AUACUCUUACGACCCGAAUACCCGAAAUUCUUCGCUCUCCCUCCUCUAUUCCUCUUGCUGGAUUCAAAUUCAUCCCUUCUCAAUAGAAACCUAAUUCGCUUCAAUUCAUCUCUUAUACUGCCACGUCAAUCGAUUUUCCCAGCUCCAUCAACUCAAGUAAAGGUUCCAUAUUUCAAAACUAUGGCGGAGCCCAACAACAAUGUUGUUGGAAUCGAUAACACUUUUCGGAAAAAAUUUGAUCGAGAAGAAUACUUGCAGCGUGCUCGUGAACGGGAAGAAAAGGAAGCUGAGGGACGGAAGUCCAAGGCAAGAGGUCCUCCAGUGCAGAGGAAGCCCUUGAAGCAAAGGGAUUAUGAAGUAGACCUCGAAUCUCGCUUGGGAAAGACUCAGGUUGUGACUCCAAUAGCACCCCUAAGUCAACAGGCUGGAUACUAUUGCUCAGUUUGUGAAUGUGUAGUCAAGGAUUCAGCAAACUACCUGGACCAUAUCAAUGGGAAAAAACAUCAACGAGCUUUGGGUAUGUCUAUGCGAGUGGAGCGGGCAUCUUUAAAGCAAGUCCAAGAGCGAUUUGAAGUGCUAAAGAAGCGGAAAGAUACUACUAGCAUCACCGUGCAAGAUUUCGAGGAGCGGAUGUUGAAACAACAGCAAGAAGAGGAAGAGAGGAAACGCCAGCGUCGAGAAAAGAAGAAAGAGAAAAAGAAAGAGAAGGCAGCAGAGGAGGAACCUGAGGAAGACACCGAUAUUGCAGCAAUGAUGGGAUUUGGAGGCUUCCGAACAUCUAAAAAGUAAUCUGGGUUUUGCAUCCAAUCUAGGUUUCCCUGCUAAUGUGCUGAGGUUUUUAUGUUAUAGCCUGAAGUGUGUCAAUAUGAGGUAUUUGCUAGCAAUAUAAUGAGUUUCACAGCAAUGCUCAUCACCUUCAAUUUGCAGCUAUAAAUGUUCAUUGUGUUUGAAGUAUACAUUUAUUGUUGCAAUAGUAAUUAAGCGGAUAUCCAUUAUACUUGUGAAAUUUCACAUAUUUAAUUCGUAAGUUUAUGUGAGUUGUUUAUAUGCUAA